GGAAGUGAGGUCACGGCGGGGGCGUGGCGCGGCGAGGAAGCGGGGGGCCGGAGUGUGAGGGGGAAACAAACCGGCGGCGGCCAAGGGGAGUGUCUCGAGAGAUAUCUGUGUUGUGUAGCAAUAAGUGAUUUUUGCAGAGCUGCUCCAAUGACGGAACUAUCUGCACACUUACCUCAGUUCCAGCAUGGGCAGCUGACAGAAAACUUCCCUGACAGCCAUCUGAGCAAUACUAAUGACAACAGUGAAAGACGGCGUCAUGAUAACAAUGACCGAAGGCGUAAUGAUAACCCUGAAUCGGAGACUAAUGGGCAGGCCCAGAACAGCACACGGCAAGUGGUGGAGCAGGAUGAAGAAGAAGAUGAGGAGCUGACUUUGAAAUAUGGGGCAAAGCAUGUGAUUAUGCUCUUUGUUCCUGUCACACUUUGCAUGGUGGUAGUUGUUGCAACCAUCAAGUCCGUCAGCUUUUACACACGCAAAGAUGGGCAGCUUAUCUACACUCCCUUCACAGAAGAAACGGAUACAGUGGGACAAAGAGUACUGAAUUCUGUUCUCAAUGCUACCAUCAUGAUCAGUGUUAUCAUUGUCAUGACUAUACUCUUAGUGGUUCUUUACAAAUACAGGUGCUAUAAGGUGAUCCAUGGCUGGCUUAUCAUUUCUUCUCUCUUGCUGCUUUUCUUUUUCUCAUUCAUCUACUUGGGUGAGGUUUUUAAAACUUAUAAUGUUGCCAUGGACUACAUUACCCUAGCGCUCCUGAUCUGGAACUUCGGUGUGGUGGGAAUGAUCUGCAUUCACUGGAAGGGCCCACUUAGGCUCCAGCAAGCAUAUCUUAUUAUGAUCAGUGCUCUCAUGGCCCUGGUAUUCAUUAAAUAUCUUCCUGAGUGGACUGCAUGGCUUAUCCUGGCUGUGAUUUCAGUAUAUGAUCUGGUUGCUGUCCUGUGUCCUAAAGGUCCUCUCCGUAUGCUUGUUGAAACAGCUCAAGAGAGAAAUGAAACUCUUUUCCCAGCACUUAUCUACUCGUCAACAAUGAUAUGGCUAGUGAAUAUGGCUGAGGAAGACCCAGAAACCCAACGGAAAAAUUCCAAAAACUCCACUUACGACAAACAAGCCCCAGCAAACCAGACUCAGAAUGAAGAGGCUGAAGUAGAGGAUGGAGGAUUCAGUCAAGAAUGGCAGCAACAAAGAGAUAGUAGAAUAGGGCCCAUUGAGUCUACUCCUGAAUCCCGAGCUGCUGUCCAAGCUCUUCCCAGUAACUCCCAAACCAGUGAGGACCCAGAAGAAAGGGGAGUGAAGCUCGGUUUAGGAGACUUCAUUUUCUACAGUGUUUUGGUUGGCAAAGCCUCAGCAACAGCAAAUGGAGACUGGAACACAACUUUAGCAUGUUUUGUAGCCAUACUAAUUGGUCUGUGCCUUACUCUCCUGCUGCUUGCCAUCUUCAAGAAGGCCUUACCAGCUCUUCCAAUCUCCAUAACCUUUGGGCUUGUUUUCUACUUUGCCACAGACAACUUGGUGCAGCCCUUUAUGGACCAGCUAGCAUUCCACCAAUUUUACAUUUAGCACACUUGAAAUUUGUUAUUUCUUGGAUAUUCUUAUUGACUGUAAUGGAUCUGGAAGAAGAGGAUUUUUCCUUGGUCCUCACAUGACAUGAAGUUCAGUGCUCCAAGAUUCCCUGAUGGUACCUUCCUCCCAUGUUUCCCGAGACCGCUGCUGCACUGGGCACCAUAAGGUUCUUCAUAAAAAUGGCUUCUUAUGGAUCAGAAUUUGGUGCCAUUGUCAUAAGCUAUCUGAGUUAUAGACUGUAAUAAGGACUACCUGUGUAAAUGUUGCUAAUGCUUCCACCAGCAAUAUGACCCCUGGGCACAGGUUGAUUUCUUUUAUUUUUUUAUUUUUUUUAUUUUUUCAGCAUUAAGGGCACUCAGGACUGCCACACGGUUAAAUAAAGAAAUUUAAGAAAUCAAACAACUUUUUUCAAAUGGGUUACAUAGCAAAGUCACCCUAGCUUAAACCAUUAAAGCAGUUAUGUUAAAAGGUUUAGUCCUGGCCCAAUUUGGAUCCCUGGGAACGGACUAGCUAUUGCAGCAAUGGGAGUAAGGGAGAAAGAUCUCUGCUGAAAAUAAUUUUACUAUGACAUAGCUUCUGUGCCUAAGUGUGCUUGGUCUUAGUAAGUUUUAUUUAAAAGGUUAUUUUCACACUGGAACUAGAGGCUAUACUUGGUUUACUAAUACGUGGCAUUCUAAAGCAUGGAGUACACAUAUAGUACUACUGCUGCCAAUUUCUUAUGUAGCUACUGAGACUUGGACUGAAUAAUUUGGAACAAGUCAGUCAUGAAGUCCUAACUGGAUCCUUGAUUAUAAAAGGUUAUGGGAUUGAUACUCUGACAUUGCAAGGCAAUUUCUGGAUUUAUUUUUGUGCUUCGGUUAACAUUUUGGUACAAUAUCAGUGUAAACCCUGCCUUUAGAUGGCCACUAGCCUGCAUUGUGUAGUUAUUUUGCCCCCUGCCAAAUUUGUCCAUGAACAAAAUAGGCAGACACUUGCAGCAGCAUUACAGGACUUGAACCUCAGUUUUUCAGUAUAGAGGAUGGGAAGCUAUUGCUAGUAGCACUUCUGCCAUUUUCUUUAAACCUCUCUCUUCAAAAAUAUGUAGCUGAAAUCAUCUUGUAUGCAGGAAACUUAAAUUGAAUGGCACUACAGUUCUUAAGUAGUGUACUGUUGACUUCACCAUUAUGUUAACCCUUAGUAUCAACCACUGUCUUAUUUCAGACUAAAACCUAAGGUUGAAUGUUGAUUUAUAUUAUGCAGUAUAUUAAUUGACAAUACUCAGUAGCUAAGUGAGACAUCACUUAGUGUUGUUGGGGCCCUUUUUUUCCAGUGAUGAUGCAAUGUGCAGAGUAGGAGAGAGGAGAAACCUGGAAAAGCUAAAGGGAGAAGAGAGCCAGAACAGGUGAAAGGAAGACGGGUUGAGAAGGUGAUAAACUUUAAUCUCACCAUAAUCUGCUUUGUUCAUUGUUUAAAAUCAUCAUGUUUUGGUGUUUCUUUGAAUUAUCACUUUGAAUUGGGGUAUCUUAGGGGGAAUGAGAUGAGGGAGAAUGUUUUAUGUAGUCUAAAAGAAUGUUUUUGCUGCAGUUGAACUGCAACAAAGUGUGUAAUAAGUGGAGAGGUUUAACUCUUGACAGGCAUUCUGGUUUGAUAUUGGAGUCCUUUCUAAACUUACUUGCCUAUAAAUGAAACUGAUACAAAGAGGCACCACAUCAGAGCCUUAAAGCAAAGCUUUUUUUCUGUAGAAAGGGCUUUGCUUCAGAGAAUGUGUUCGCUCAUAGGACUGAGACUUUUAUGGUUUCAGCCUGUUGUUUGAGUAUUGGAUAGCAUGAUUUUGGAUUUGCCUUGAAUACCAGGAAGCUUGUUGUCUUUAACUGUCUUAGGAAACAUUUGUGUAUUGUCCAGAGUGACCUACUAGCCAUAGUAUUUUGGUAUCUGGAAAUUUAAGGCAAUUACAUAAAAUAAGGUGCACUUGCCCUGCUCAUCUGAGAGUAUUUGCAUUCUAUUCAUUCACUGCAUUUGCCUGUUCAAUUCAUUAUAGAUGGCAUUAAUAAAGUAACCAUAUCAUCGGUACCUCAUUCUGACUCUCCAGGUCACACUUGCCUGUGCAUUUGUAAAGACUAGUUCACUGCUCCAGAUUUCACUUAAGGGAAUUUUAUUUUAAAUAUUUUUAAACAGCUGAAAAUCUUGUAUUAACUUACUUUAUUUGUUCCCCUCAUGAACUUUAAUCUCUGAGAAAUUCAACUGUGUGUUUUGUUGGGCAGCCUAUCCAAUUAUUCUCUCUAUUGAAAUGGAUUGCCAAAAGUUGGUACCACUAUCAUCUGUUUGCAUAUCUGAGCCAAGUCUCAGUUAAGAGCUGUUAGUAACAUGCAGAAGUUGUCUUUUGUUUCACGUAGUCUCUGUAGGAACUCUGACUUCUUUAGUGGUGGAUCUAGCAUCCAUCAAAAUAAUAAUCUUUUUCACUUUACUUCAAUGGCUGUUUGGUUUUCUCUCUUAAGGAAGAGUUCAAAAUGUUGAAAGCAUUUAAACUGUAAGUCUUCCACUGCCUAAGAUCAUCAUCCUGGACUUAAUUUUUACUUGUUGCAGAAGGCUGUGGUAGAAGUUACACAAUGUGUGCUUGUUUUCUAGCGUGUGUAUCUAUACCUCAAAAUGCACAAAUUUAAAAGAGAAAGCUGCUUUGAUCCAUCUCAGUGCAUAAGCAUUAUGUUUUUGUAUCAUUUCUCUCCCCUGCCCACUGCCUUUCAGUUUCAAUCCACCUUUAAAAACAGAUAGACAAAAAGACCCACUAAUUUAUUAUAUUGGCCUGUUUCAAUCUAGUUUGCUUAGUAUAAUCAAAAGAUUCUUGGUACCUAUUAGCCCUUCUGAUUUUUAAAAUAAAAUACAGUAGACAACACACUAGGCUGCAGAAAGAGCUAUAUAGACUCUUCUAUUGUGUAACUUCAGUAGAAGUGCCUCUUUCAUCCAUGUUCCAAACAGGUCCAUCAGUCUUAACUGACCAAUAAUGAAUAGACAAGGAGUCAUGCUUCAAGACUGAAUUAGUCAUCUUUAUUAGCUGUUCAUCCACAAGGUUUCAUAAACCAUAACAUUGAGUUUUAGGUGCACGUAAAUGUGGCCCCUGGAAUUUAUGCCAUAUAUUUUCUUCCUCGUUCCCUGUGUUUUGAGAGUUAGUCCAGAGCAAGCAGUCCUAAAAGAUUUUUUUGUAAACAAAAAACCACUUUCAUGGUUAUAGUGAAUGCUGCUGACAUAAAUAGCUAGAAGCUCCUUAUGAAUGCAGUACAUCUGAAUUCAGAUGCUACCUAUGGAGAGUGAGUUUGGAAGGUAGUCACCUGCAUUACAUAGCAUGUUUAAAAACUACCCUUGCUGGGCAAAUCCUAAUAUUUAUUUUAUUUUUUUUUAACCAAAUAUUCAAGGGCUGAAGUCUGCUGAAAAUAGCUAAACUUGGAGUACUAAGCAAACCCUGGAUGUUCCAGGCACACAGAAUGGUGCUGCUUAAAUGCAUCUGUUAUUGGCCCUCUGGGCCUAUACAGGACGUUUGCCCUGCCUCUACUGCAGUGAGGAGGAGUUAUCUUGGAGUACAUUUGAGUGGAAUUUCAGGAUGGAUGAUGCAGUGGGAAGGAACUUCUCCACACAUCUUAUUAACCAAUACUAUUUUAGCAACUAUGCCAUUGAGACCAGUAUAACAGAGACUAUGGCACAUGUCUGCACUAUGAUGGUUUCAGCAUAUGUUUGGUCAUUGAGAAUGCUGGAAUAUGGACUUGAAUGGGAUUCUUUUACACUCAAGCAUAUGCUGUUUUCUUUUUUUACAGACACUGGUUUGUAUAUAAUCUGAAUUGAAUGUGAAUACGUUUUUUAAACACCUUUCCAAUUCUUGAUAAAAUACAGUUUUGAUAGAUUAUUGCAAAUUUUCCUGUAUUUGUCUAAUUAUUAAAAUAAAGAAUGCAUGGGUCCUAA